UCAAACUAACAUUAAUUCUCCCACCCAACAGAUUCCAAGAAAAUUACAAAAUUUUAGCAAUCACCGGCUAUACAACUAAAAAACUAAACUACCAGCGACUACAAUUAUCGGCUAGACAUCUGACAACCUACCAGCUACUACAAUCAUCAGCCAGGCCAAACUAAAUUGUAUUUAAGCAGAUAAAAACACUUAUAAGCAAAAUUUCUUGCUGUACUCAAACACCCAACAAAAUUGAUAAAAAAAUGGAAGAAUCAGAACCACGUUCACCGUCACCUCUGGAGAAAAAUAAGAUAAGUGAAUUAAAAGAAACAGAAACACCGGUCAACAUUAUCCCAUCUAGUCAAGUACUUCUAUCGACUACAAAUUUUGUUUUGGUUCGAGAUGACGGUAAAUUAUUACAAAAGGACUUGUCAUCGCCGAAUGACAACUCAAUAAGUAUUCAAGAGCAAUCAGAUGAUCAAUCAACGGUAGGUGGGGAAAAUAUUUCAUUCUCAGAAUUGAUAAGUUCUUAUUGCUCCAAUGAUGAUGACAAUGAGAUGGAAGCUCUCAUAACUCUUUUGAAUGAAUGGAAAAUUCCAAAAUUUGUUCACCAAUUUUUUAUUGAUGAAAAUCUUUUUGUACCGGUGUUGAAAGUGGCAAACGAAUUUUUCAUGGAGAGGUUUUUACAAACUUUAAAUAUAACAACCGCAAGUAGGAUUGUUUUCUUUGAUAAGUGGUAUCAAUGGAAAACCGAACGGUAUACAUCUUUAUCUAAUACUCCGUCUUUCGAUGAGCGAAAUGUUUCUACACCAACGACUAGUGUAGCGUCACCUUCAUCUACCACCGCAUUAGUGAGCAAAAGUUUGAUAGAUAUUUUAAACUGUAAAGAUGGACAAACAAUUAAAGAUUAUUAUGAAGAAAAUAAAAACAUCGACAAUAAAUCUGUUCGUAAGUUGCUCACCGAUACAAUUUUGUGUUACGCCAGAACAAACAAUGUACAUUUCUCGUCGAACGAUUUAAUAAAGCUCUCAGAAGAAAUACAGUUGGUGUUUAAUGAGGAUCCAUUGGAUUACUACUGCACAAAAAAAGGCAUGAAAAAUCCUAAAGGUAAACUUGCAAACAAGUUUCAUAAUUAUCGAGGAAAAAGUCGUUCAAUGAAUCGCUUGUUUACGGAACACAAUAAUAAAAAGAAGAAACUCGAUGAUUUGCCAGUGGAACAAAAUACUUUUGAACAAGAAAAGCUGCUUCUAAAAAUGAAGCACGAUCAUCAUACAAUGAACGCUCAAGAAAAAAGUGAUGCAUGGGCAAAAACUUUUAGUAUUCGCCAAUUAGAUCUCCAAAAGGCUAACAAUAAGGCAAUUAAAUGGGAAAAAUUCUAUGAAAAAUGGCACUUCAUGAACUUUCCAAAUGGCUAUGAAUAUAUCGAAUCAGACUUUAACAGAAUGUUCGCAAAUAAAAACGAUGUUCUAGUGGGUACCAAAAUAGCCAAUUUUUGUAAUUUAAUGCUGCAAUAUGCGUUCCCAAAAUUAUUAACCAACAUCGAGUUAAAAACCAUGCUGUACGAUUUCAAUCAACAAUGUCAAGCAGAUGUGUGCGAAGUAUCUCAGAGUAACUAUAAUUAACUCUAGCUAUACAUAUAUUACAUACGGAGCCUUAUCGCCAAAUAGUCUUGUUUUGUUCAAGAUUUUUGACUUUGCCACUUACGAUUAUAUGGCAAUAAGGCUUAGAUAACAGGUUCUUAUUCUUUUUAAUUAUUGUAAAACGUA